AUGGACAAACUCCUUUACCUCCCAUUUAAGCCAGCCCACCAGAAGUCCAGCAUCACAAAGCUGGCAAAUCUGCUUUCGCUCGAGGAGAUCCUGUACCUCAGUCCGACUCAUUCCGUUCAAGUGACCCCAAACCCAAUCAGUUCCACCAGCGAACUAAGCAUCCUCAUGAGCUACUCCUUCAUCCAUUUUUGGCUCCCCAGUUCAAGUCAACCCUCCAUUCACUUUACAGCGGCGAGCUGUGAGUCUGUCCUUUCUCAGGUCCAGCAGCCACCCGAGCCAUCUUUUGAAUGCAAGUACUCCUCGUCUGGUGGGUGUUUGUCACGUAUUAUUGUCACAUGCCAGAACCUCAGUCCGACGAGUCAGACGAGGUUGUCUUGUGUGCGUCUCCAAUACGUCGUCCUCGAAAACUGCUGGUCCGAGGAAGUCGAGGCCGAUUACCUCAUGUGGAUUCUUAGUCUGCAGGUGGAACUGAUUGGGUCACUUGAACGGAAUGAGUCGGACUGA